AUGUCUUUUCCUGUACAUGCAAAUCCCGGCCUGGAGGCGAGCGAGGUCGCAGAUCUUCUAGAAAAGCAGACCUCGGACCAACCCCGAGACUUCCUGUUGGUAGAUGUUCGCAGGACGGACUGGACUGGCGGCACCAUCGCAUCCUCGAUCAACCUCCCUGCCCACAGCUUAUACCCGACACGGAAGAUCAUUUAUGACUUGUGCAAGCAAGCAGGUAUCAAGAGAAUUAUAUUCUAUUGUGGAUCCUCAAACGGACGGGGCCCGAGAUCUGCAGCUUGGAUGGAGGACUAUCGCAGCGAAGUCGGCGGAGAGCUGCAGGUUCUGAUCAUGAAGGGUGGGAUUAGAGGAUUUGUCAAGUCGUAUGGGGGCCGUCUCAUGGACGGGUAUGACGAGAAGGCCUGGGAAGGCAGCUGA